GUGUUUUGUCUUACAGGGGCCGAUGUAAAAAUUCCAUUUCAAAGAAGAACUGCUCAGCAAGGCCGAACCAUUAAAAUCAGAUGUGAGGUAACCGGGGAGGACUUUCUUCGCUGGGAAACGCCUUCAAGAGAAGCAAGUUUGGGUGUUCCCCAGUUACAGGCGGAAAAUAUUACAGCGGAGAGCACUGGAAGAGUGAGACUUGAACGCAUUGAGAACUACUAUUUGUAUUUGUUACGUAUAGAAGACGUGAGAGUCAGUGAUGGGGGAAAUUAUACAUGUAUAGGAUCAAAACAAUCGAGCAGUUUUACCCUUGAAGUUGAUUGUAAGUAACUAUAUAAUAUAUCUGUUUUGUAACUAAUUAAAAACAGUCAAAAAUUCUUACCACGUCUGUGAACAGACAUCAGCACUAAGAUCUUGGUAGUGACCUGUUAUAGUGCAUGCAUCCAAGGGUGGGCAGUGCAAAAGUCACUUAUGUUUAAUACAGGCUUUUUCUUUAAUCAGUUAAUCACCAAUAGCACAGGCUAAGGUUGGCCAAUGCUCUCAUUAACGACUCGUUUCUUGUAAAACACCUGAAUCUGCACCUUAGUUAGCAAUCAACAGAUUUGAAAAUAUGUUUACUUUAGUAAUAGCUAUCCCCAAAUCACAUUGCAGUUGUUAGCCAUAGAGUCACGACACCACAACUACUCAAAAAUGGUGAAAACGGAACAAUCGAACUGGCCAUAUCUGCCUUCCCCCCGCUACACUAUGAAUGGCGCAAAGACGGGAAGCUCCUAAAAUUACCUACAGAAAGAAUAAUGAUUGACCCGCACAGUGGCACACUUCAUAUUUUUGGCGUGGAAGGAGGAGACCAGGGAAACUACACGUGUAGAGUUGUAUGGAAAUCGAACAGACCACAUGAGGAAACGGAAGACACCGUUACAGUAGAGAUUGUUGUUAUGGGUGAGUUUUAA